AUUGGGCUGAUAGGGGGCGACAGUCUGCGGGCAGGCGGCUUGCACGGAGUCGAUAGAGGAAGAGCCUCCGUGUGGGUGCAGCAGUUAGCCUGAACGUCACAGUUAGCAGGCGCCGCUGAAAAGUGAUUUUAACAGUUUUAAAACAAGUUUCUGUUCACUGAACCAGAACCAGGAGCUGUGACCGAAGCUCUCCGACGACCGCCAAGAUGAGCUUCCUGUUUGGCAAUCGCUCAUCCAAGACCUUCAAGCCCAAGAAGAACAUCCCAGAGGGUUCCCACCAGUAUGAGCUGCUGAAACAUGCCGAGGCGACGCUGGGCAGCGGGAACUUGAGGCAGGCUGUCAUGCUGCCUGAAGGAGAGGAUCUCAAUGAGUGGAUUGCUGUCAACACGGUGGAUUUCUUCAACCAGAUCAACAUGCUGUAUGGCACCAUCACCGAGUUCUGCACCGAGACCAGCUGCUCUGUGAUGUCUGCCGGACCGAGAUAUGAGUAUCACUGGGCUGAUGGCACCAAUAUUAAGAAGCCUAUCAAAUGCUCUGCACCCAAGUACAUCGACUACCUGAUGACCUGGGUGCAGGAUCAGCUGGACGAUGAGACACUUUUUCCCUCCAAGAUCGGAGUUCCCUUUCCGAAGAACUUCAUGUCUGUGGCCAAAACCAUCCUGAAGCGCCUGUUCAGGGUUUACGCUCACAUCUACCACCAACAUUUCGACUCUGUGAUGCAGCUGCAGGAGGAGGCCCACCUCAACACCUCCUUCAAGCACUUCAUUUUCUUUGUUCAGGAGUUCAACCUCAUCGACAGGCGAGAGCUCGCUCCCCUGCAGGACUUGAUCGAGAAGCUUGGAUCCAAGGACAGAUAGACAUUUCACCACAACAUUUUUUUCCUUUUUCUUUAACAGUUUCCUCUUCUCCUUUGUCCCCCUCUCUGUGACCUUUGCUACCUCUACGACUUCUGGUCUCAACUUCUAAAGUCUGUGCCUUCUUCUUUUCAUUUCACAGAUGUUUGUACUGUACUCCUUCCUUUUAUUCCUUCUGUCAUCUUUUAUGCUGUCUUUGAGCCUUUUUUUCCCCAUUUUGCCACUAGAUGAUAUAAAAUAGUGUAGUAAGAAUAUUUUUUCACAGGACUGUGGUUAACGACUCUGUAAGAGCGACCUACUGAUUUUUAUAUUGGACCAAGGACAUUUGGAAGUAAAAGUGAAAACCAGCGUUUGGCGAAUAGUGUUAAGAUUGUCUAAACACUUUUUAGUUAUUGAUAGGCAAUUUUCUUUUUGUUAACUUUUAGCUAUUGUAAUUUCAGUGACUGACCAAAUAUCCCAACUUUGGCUUCUUUUUUUUUUUUUAAAUGUCUGUCAUUAGUGUACGGUGGAGAGUAACAGGAAAGAAGGCAAAAAAAGUAAUGACACAAAUCAGGUCCUGGGUGGACUUUGAAUCUUUGACCAUACAAGUGUGGGGACUGUAUUUUCUAACAUGAAGGCAGGCACAGAAAUAUUCCAGUAUAUAGUAUACAGCUCUCUGUCACAACUGGUUGUGUAUCUGAUAUCCCGCGUAUGUUGACAUGCUUCCUUUUGGCAUGUAUUGGACACAGUCACAUGUGAAGACUUGCAGUAAUAGAUGAUUUUAAGAUGCCUUUCCUGCCCCACAACAAACCCCACCAUUGACUGCAUUGUAGCUAUUUAAAUUUGGUAAUGCAAUAUUCUGUUUUUUGCACAUUUCUUUGGCUAUUAAUUAAAAUAGUAAAAUGCAAGAGACUGUGCUUCCAAUUAUACUUUUAAUCUGCUUCAUAGUUAUUGUUAAUAGCCACUUAAAGCUUUUAUAAUAGUGAUCCUUUAAAGGAUUUGUAUAAUUGAAAUUUUUAGCCUUACUGUCAUUUUAGUUCAUUUCUGUGGUGCAGGUUAUUUGUGGAUCCUUGCAUAUUUGAUCUUUGAAUGCUGGUACUUGUUUUUUGACUUCAUCUCCCCCACCAAGGAUAAUAGAGUAUUAAACAGGUAUUAUACCUGUGGACAUUAAGGACCUGUAAUUUUUCCACAGAUGUUUUUGUUUAGUCUCGGUGCAUAUAUCAUGGUCAUUUCCUGUGCUUAACUCUGGCUACAACAGCGGGGCUGUUGGUACUGCCAUCCUUUUACAAACCAAUGCAGCUAAUAUUCCCGAUGAAUGUUUUAUUUGGCUAACUUUGAACAAGGGAAUCGGCGCACAACCGUCUUCAUGUUGGGCCUUAACUCAUAUCAGACAAUCAUGUAACCAAUUAAGAACUGUUAGACAAUUUAAUGCAUCACCAGAAACAAAGCAGCGUGAUUGAGUGUUCAUUUUAUAAUGUACCACUUUUUAAGAAGUUGACUUUCAACAAUGUGAAAAAAACCCAAACAUGUUUCAGUCACUUUUACUGUGAUUUAUCCACUUUUAGGCCCUUCGAGUUGUUGGGAACAGAAAUCAAGCCAGCAGCCAUUAAACUAAUCAUCUACAGGCAAAUGAAGAUAUUUUAGACUGAGUUAUUUUAAAGAUUUUAUCUGAAUAUAUCACCAGUCCUUUCUUUCAAUCUUGUCACAUAUUUUGAAAUGUAUUACUUUUUUCACAAUUUUGUUUUUAAAACUUUUGGCAUGGAGUUACAUUUCAUAUUACAUUGUAAAAUAAAUAGUUGACUUUACCUUUUCGAAUAAGGAACAAGGGCUUUGAAAUGAAUUUAAAAGUUUUAUAUAUUUACAAUAAUGGUCCAAUCAUUGGGUGGUUGUUUUUGACUAGGAGGAGGUGCGAGGAUGUACGUACUGCGUCUGAACAUUUGCUGUAAAUAAGAUCAGUGUUUUAUUUGAACAAAACUGUGCCUUACACAAAUGAAAAUGUCUGAUGUGACAGUAUUGGUAGAUCAAAAACUCAAUAAACACUGAAAGGACAA